CACUCGCGCACUCUCACUCUCUCUCUCUCUCUCUCUCCCUCGCAGUCUCGCAGCGUUAGGUACAACCGGAACGCCGAUGUCGCCGAGCUUCGUGUACAACGGCGAUCUCGCCGCCGCCGCCGGCGGGAAGCCGGCCGGCACCGGCCGCGUGGCCUCCGUGUACAGCGACGUCCAGACGAGCCGCAUCGACCACGACCUCCCCCUGCCGUCCGUGCUCAAGGGCCCCAUCAAGGUCGUCGACGGCCCCCCGAGCUCCGCCGCCGGCAAUCCAGGGGAGAUCGCGAAGCUCUUUCCGUGUGUGUUCGGGCAACCGUCGGCAAUGGUGGUGCCCAGUGAUUCCGCCUCCGAUGGACCAAGCCAGAAGUUGAAGAUAGGAGUGGUGUUGUCGGGAGGUCAGGCUCCUGGAGGGCACAAUGUGAUUGCUGGAAUCUUCGAUUACUUGCAAGAUCGCGCUAAAGGCAGCACAUUGUAUGGGUUCCGUGGUGGUCCUGCUGGCAUCAUGAAGUGCAAAUAUGUGGAACUCACUCCUGAGUACAUAUACCCUUACAGAAACCAGGGUGGCUUUGACAUGAUCUGCAGUGGGAGAGACAAAAUUGAAACUCCAGAGCAGUUUAAACAAGCUGAAGAAACAGCAAAAAAACUUGACUUGGAUGGCCUUGUUGUUAUCGGUGGAGAUGACUCAAACACAAACGCUUGCCUCCUUGCUGAAAAUUUCAGGAGUAAAAACAUGAAAACUCGAGUAAUUGGAUGCCCCAAAACCAUUGAUGGUGAUCUCAAAUGCAAAGAGGUUCCUGUGAGUUUUGGAUUUGAUACUGCUUGCAAGAUCUACUCUGAACAGAUUGGCAAUGUGAUGGUAGAUGCUCGGUCAACUGGAAAAUAUUACCACUUUGUGAGGCUAAUGGGACGUGCAGCUUCUCACAUCACUCUAGAAUGUGCUCUGCAAACUCAUCCUAAUAUCACCAUUAUUGGAGAAGAGGUCGCUGCCAAGAAGCUGACUCUUAAAAAUGUCACUGACUACAUCGUUGAUGUUGUCUGUAAACGUGCGGGAUUUGGUUACAACUAUGGAGUCAUACUCAUACCAGAAGGCCUUAUCGAUUUCAUUCCAGAGGUGCAGCACCUUAUUUCAGAACUAAAUGAAAUUCUUGCUCAUGAUGUCGUGGAUGAAGGUGGGCUUUGGAAGAAGAAACUCCAAACUCAGUCUUUAGAGCUCUUUGAAUUUUUACCUCAAGCAAUUCAAGAACAAUUGAUGCUUGAAAGAGAUCCACAUGGAAAUGUACAGGUUGCUAAAAUUGAGACAGAGAAGAUGCUCAUUCAAAUGGUUGAAACUGAAUUGGAGAAGAGGAAGCAGGAAGGUACAUACAAGGGGAACUUCAAAGGACAAUCCCACUUUUUUGGGUAUGAAGGCAGAUGUGGUCUGCCGACCAACUUUGACUCUACGUAUUGCUAUGCUUUGGGUUUUGCAGCGGGAGCUCUCCUCCAGAGUGGGAAAACUGGGUUGAUAUCUUCAGUGGCAAACUUAGCUGCCCCACUUUCGGAGUGGACUGUUGGUGGAACCGCUUUAACAUCAUUGAUGGACGUUGAGAGGAGACAUGGUAAGUUCAAGCCUGUGAUCAAGAAGGCAAUGGUGGAGCUUGAAGGUGCACCAUUCAAGAAGUUUGCGUCGAUGCGGGACGAGUGGGCCAUCAAGAACAGAUAUAUCAGUCCUGGUCCUAUUCAAUUUAAUGGCCCAGCAUCAGAUGCAGUCAACCACACCCUUUUGUUGGAACUUGGAGCUCAAGCUUAGAUAAGUGAACAAUCUCGUGGUAACGAGUUCCUGGAGAAACUCAAACUUUUCUUGGCUCAGCUCCUGAUCUUUUUAUGUUUGUUUUUCUCGUUGCAUUGGAUUUUUGUAGAACUUAGAGGUUGGUUAGAAGUAUCGUCCAAGUAUGAUGGCACAAAGGCUUUCCACAUCAACUUGGUAUCUAUAGGUGUUCAUUUCAGAUUCACGGCCUCAUUCUGCUUUGUGACUACUUAUUAGUUGCUCAUGUUGUAGCUCUGAAACUAAAUUAUGAUUUGAGCUAAUAAAUCGAUCGUUUGGCGAUGCUGGGUAGAUGA